UCAGUCUGAGCCUCACUGAUCGUCUGGAUGUCAAAGGAAACACCAUGCUUGGAGGAAGAGGAGGAUGAUGAAGGUGUGUGAAGGUAAGACUGUCUGAUUGUCUUUGUUUCUGUGUGUGUCUGUGUGUAAGCGUGUGCAUCUAAGUGAUGCAGCUCCUGCUCUUCCUCACAGCGUGUAGUCUUCCUCAAUAUGUCUGACACAUGGUGUGGUGAUCAGUGUGCUCACAGCUUCCUCAUCCUCACAGCCUCCUUCUCCUCACAGCAUCUUUGUCCUCACAGCCUCCUCUUCAAUCUUCAUCACAGCCGGCUUGUCACAGUCUCCUCUUCAUCAGCUGUGUUACAGCCCUGCAGUGAUCCUCCUCAUCCAGACUCUGAGGUCCUGGAUCAGAUUCAGACUCAGACCUGAGACAGACUGCAGAGUGUGUGCGUCUGUGUGUGGGGCCAUCUAUGAAGGUGGUCCUCAAGUGUUCACUCGGACAGUUUGAUGCUACCUGCUCUGCUUCUUGUCACAUGAUCAUGACCCACUCAUGAUGCUGCUGUGGUCCCACACACACACAGAGACACACACAGAUCUGUACAGACAGUUGUAAUCUGAAGGUUUACUCAACACAGAGUGUGGUGGACAAGUCAGGACUGCAGGCAGGCCCGUUUAGCAGCAGGACUCUUCUACUGUAGAGCCAUGCUGUUGUAAUAUGGGUAGUUUUGCUCUAAUUUGAAGUUCGUCACUGAAAAACUGAAAUGAGUCUGAGGAUCAGGAUUCUGAAAUGUGGGAUUAAAAAAAUUAAAAAAAGAAAUGAGCAGAGGUAAACUGUUCAGUGACACUCAUGCCAUACCAUCUCUCACCUGGAAAAGGGAACCAGGGUCACCUGAGGCUGCUCUAAGGUUACCUGGAGAGAGAGAAACAAACUCUCAGCAGGUAACAGCAGUGAUGUCACAGAGUCAUACAGGUGGGGUCACCUGAGAUUAAACUCAUUCAGCAGGUGAGAUGUUGUAUGUCCAACAGGUGAAUCUGCUGGUUGAACCUCAAACAGUAGAGGAGUGUUAAUGAAAUCUGGCGCAUGAAACCUGUCUGUUGUCUCUUUCGUCUCCAUUGUCACAGAGUGCGGCUCUGUGCAAUCAGGUUACCUGUAAGCACACCUGGUGUCCACAGAGGCCCAAACAGUAUUUGUGCCAGCUUCACCGGGAGAGAUCAGGUUUCAGGCAGUUUGUUUUUUUAAUGUGAUAUCAAGGAUGAAGGAUGAAGAUAAUGCUGGCGCAAACAACAGGAAGACACGGUAAUUCAAUAAUCUAACUCUGUGAUCAGUUGAAGAUUAACUUUUAAUGCCUCAAACUGUUGUGAGAGGACGGGGUCAGAGCAGAUGAUUGACAAUUCUGUCUGUCCCUGUGUUUUCGCUCAGCUCCAAAUGUUGGUAUUUUCUUCCUCUGUCCCUGCCACAUGUUUCGAUGUACAUUGUCAUCCUCUCUCCAUAUUGUUUAAAACACAGUAGCACCCCCUCAUCUGGUGUUGAGGUGGUGUAAUUACAGGUUCAAAUCUUCAGACUUUGAACAUUAUUUUGUGUUUCUCUUGUUAAAAAUUACACCAGGAUGAAUAUCUGUCUGGUUUUAUCAGUUCAGUGGGAGGUCGGGUGUGACGGGGUUGUGUGUCUGUCUGAUGAUCUUCACACGUUGCACACAGGCCUCUUGGUUUAGGGUCGGGGUUUAUGGAUUGUUAUGCGUUAUUGUUUUAAACAGCAGAGCGGGGAUAAGGAGGUUAUGGGGGUGGGGUGUAGGGGGGUGCUACAUGUUGCCUGGAGGUCACUUUAUGUUGUUUAGUUGCUGUUGCUCUCUGAGCUGCUGUCAUGCAAAACAUCAUCAUUACUGGGUCACUAAUCCCCCUCCCCCACUACUGCUCCAUCCCAGUCUGUGUGGAAGUUGUGUGCUACACAGACUGGGACUUACUGGGAGGACUGGAGCUGGGGAGCUGGUGUUUGUAUUUGUCAGGAUUUCUCUGAACUGUUAGAAAUCAUCACUAUACUCUAAAUCAGUGUCCUCAGCAGUCACAGACCUGUCAGCAGUCUGUGUGGUGAUUGAACUGUUCACCUGUCUGUUCACUCGCACACACUCCACCCUCACUGUAGGACAGAGUCUUCUUGAAGUUCAGAGUUUCUUAGAUGGCAGAGAAACUAGAAUGAAAACUGGGCUGAUUCUUAUCCUGCUGUGGAUCAUGAUGUUGUUUUCACCAGGGAGACCUGUAUCAGGUACCACCAGGUAGGACAGGAGAACAACAGGUGAAGACAGACAGAGACACACCCAUAUUGUUCUGGCUGAUUGGUCACUCAGUUGAGACCACACCUAUACAGGUGCCAGGCAGGUUAGGUUCCAGAUUGAACUCACCGAGUAUAAAAACCCUGCCCACUGAGCUCUCUCGAAAAAUGGCUUGUCCGUUCUUGGAGGAUCCUAUAGACCUCGGUGCUCGCAUUGUCCGUGGAGCACUCCGGCGCGCAAGAGUUUUCAGGGACCGCACGGACCCACUUACUUUUCUGGAUGACCACCUUUAUGAAAGGCUCAUAUGGCCGACAUAUCACACAAAAAAUGUAAACAUGAUAGGAAUGAACAAAUAAAUGAAUUCAUCUUGGAAAUGAAUUAGACAUGUCUGGUGUAUGUUCAAAGCGCAUGUUGAACGGUGCUAUUUCAGGGUGAUAAUGGCAUCAAAGAUUUUUUGCGCACUCUACUUACGCAUUGAGACUGUCAGCAAUUUUCUGCCAGCAUUCCUUCUGUGCUUUUUAGCGGCGACGGUGUUGCUUUUGAGGUUUAUGAUAGAUUUGAAUUCUUCAUACUUUCUCAUGAUCAUCUCCUGCUCCUCGUUUGUACAGUACACUUUUUUUGCUCUCCGGCCUGCUCUAACGCUCCAGACUGGUCCAUGUUCGCGAUUGGUCAGAUGCGGCGGACUCCGCCUGCGUGCACGCGCUCAUAGCAAAGCUGGAUCCACUUACAAGGUUGAUAACCAGCGUCGUAAGACCGUUUAGUGAGACCGCUGGCUACCUCGCUAAGUUGAGCGAGGUAGCUACCUCGCUAGGUCGAACUUGCUUCGUAGAUGAGGCCCCAGGACACAAUAUUUACAUGCACCAACACAAAACCAGGAUAACAUCAGCAGUGUUGGGUCUUAUUGACUGUAGUUUACUGUUGUCAUGUGACCACUGAUCCUGACAGACAUUCUUCUUCACUGCUCUGCAACUGUGCCAGCUCCCCAGCAGCCAUGAUUCCUGCACAGAGGAGUAAACAGGUUUAUUAUCAGAUCACAGUCUCAGUCUGACACAAUGCUCAUAUCUGAAGACCGUCAGUGAAACCUUAGACCGCCAGGGAGCUCAUGUAAACUGGGACACCUAACCAACACUAUUGAAACUCCUCCUCAGAGAGAACCACUUGUCUGCUAUCAGUUCACCAUAGCCUCAUUGACACAUCACACACACACACACACACACACACACACACACACACACACACACACACACACACACACACACUCUAUCAGUGUGUGGUUAUUGUUCACAGAUUCUUUCAUGAAUCUGUUAAAGUUUAAGAAGUCUUUGUUUAAGAAGGAAACUCAGUCAGAGACAAACAAAGAUCCUGCUGAGAGCGAGAACAACAAAGCCAGUCUAACACAAUACAAAUACAACACUACACACACACACACACACAUACAGUGAAAACAUGGAAUCACAGAGAAUAUUUUCAGAGUGAGAUUUCUAGGCAACAAGGAAACAGACACAAAUUAAGUGUCGCGCUAGCUCAGGCUGACCCUAACACCAGACCACAUCUGCUAACAGUUCAGCCGAUUACCCUCUACCAUCAUGUCAUCAAAUGUGAAAACUUUUGUUUAAAUGUCUUCGGCCUGCCUAAUCUUCCUACAUCCUGAGCGAACAACUUUGCUGAUGCUGUCCCCACCAUGAAGAGGUCAUGUCUGCACAUGUGAAGGGGAGGGGGCCUUUGCUGUGUGAACUCUGGCGUCCCACAUGAGCAUGUUGAAGGGCAGAGAACUCUUACUGUCUCCACACACCAAGCAUGAAUUACAUGUUUAGUCAAUGCAAUGACACGAUCAGAUGCUCCUACUCUGGCGGCGGGUGCAAAUGACGCGAAUUAGGCAGGAGCUUAAAUGUCUCAACAUGAGUGGAUAUUCACUUUGUGAUAACUAAUCAGCACGAAUGUUGCCGGACGCGGUAUGAAAACAAUUGGUUGUUCACUGGUAUCUAAAAUGGAUGACAAACUGAUUGUGUGGGUGUGUGGCUGCCCCAAAUUAUAUGAUACCUUUUCUUUCAAUUACUGAAACCAGAAUAAAAAGGAGCUCGCCUAGACGCAAGUGAGAGAGAAGAACGGAUUACCUGGUAGGUUGUAGAAAACCUUUGUCUAUCACUUGAUCCCGCCGGUUGAAUUUGCAGGGGUUACUGUCGAAAUUACUGUUGACGCACGAAGGAAGCGAGUAAAUACGAUUCAUUCACAUGCCUAGAUUUGUGCGAAUCAAGCAAGGAGAUAAUUUUAUGUGCAUGUAAAAAUCAUGUAAAAAAUAUUAUUUGUUCUGACUUAAAUAGCUAAACUAAUGAAUAUGAUAAUUAUGAAGAUGAGGCCCUGAACUGUUUGCUGCUGAGAGAUUGAGACCAACUAUUCAGCUGCUCGUUUUCAUCUGAUCCUCACACUCAGAAAUAAUCAGGUUUGAAUGGAAGCCAAGGUCUGAGUCCAAUUAAAAUUUUCUGUGUGAUUAUUAUAAUAAUAUAAUUACGAUGACCAACAGUGUUUGCAAAUGAACAGACUGCAUGAUGGAUUGACCUGGUUUCACUGUCUGAGAAGAACUCUUCCGUUUCGACUUCAGACUUGACCUGUUCCACCCAGCGUCAUGGGUGGAGAAUCAUUAACACUAACCUGAGGAGAGAGAGUCUUUAACUACAGCUUAACCAGGACACGGUUUACAGUGAAUAAUGGUCUGCCCACACCUGUCCACAUCUGCUGUUGCCUGACUGAAUUGCGUUUUUUUUUAAAUGCAAUGAAUUAUAUUGGUUGGUAUGACUGUCUUUUGAGAGCUACACCCAUAGGAUCAUGUGGAAUACCAAAGUCUGGGGCAGGGAGAGCAGAAGCAAAUACUCUGGGGUACAGGACAGAGCAGCAUCAGUGAUAAUCUCUGAUAAUCUCAAACAGCAUUAGGUGGGGAGAAUAUCAGCUAAUAAAUGAGCAAGGUGACCAACAGGAAUCCUAUUCUUUUUGAGCACCAUGGUUAGGAGGAUAAACUAUAAACACAGUACUGUGUUUAUCGUUUAUCCUCCUAACCAUGGUGCUAAAAAAGAAUAGGAUUCCUGGUAUAAUAAAGGUAGGUGUGUUGGCCUGAUAAACACAGUAUUUUCAUACUGUGUUUAUCAGGCCAACACACCUACCUUUAUUAUACCAGCACACUUGUAUUUGUCAGAGUGACACAUCCAGGUGUUUGUCUUGUAUGUAAAUGUGUCUGAACCGAAUCAGGUUAUUUCAAAAGUUCACUUUUUACUUCUGUUUCAAAAGUUCACUUUGAACUUCUGCUCUAUGAAUGUCUUACUGUUAGUACAUGGUACACUAUUGGACAUAAACACACACACACACACACACACACACACACACACACACACACACACACACACACACACACACUGAAGGUUUUUACAGGUCAGUCAGACCCAAGAGAUAAGAGUGUCAGUCUGUGUCAGCUCAGCUUGCUUUAAGAUUUAACUGUUGAUGGUGUGUGUGUGUGUGUGUGUGUGUGUGUGUGUGUGUGUGUGUGUGUGUGUGUUUGUUGUGAAUGCUGUGUGUUUAUAUGCAGUGUGUAUGUUGUAUUUGUGUUUAUUGGUUGUAUGUCAUGUGUCAGUUGUGUAUAUACAGUGUGUUAUAGAUGUUAAAUGUGUAUGAUGCGUGUAUGUUGUCAUGUUUCAGGUUGUGUGGCUGUUUUGAUGACCUGUGGGAUGGUCAGGUGAACUGUUGAGCUCUUUUUGUGUUUCUGUCCUCAGUGUCACUCAGAGUCACCAUGAAGCUGUCUUGUACACCUGUACAGAUUUGUCCAGGUGAUGAGGAUCACAUAAGGACAGAUGGGUAACCAUGACGUUGAAACCUGCAGACUGACAGAGUCCAGAUCAGACUGUCUGUGAGCUUCAUGCUGAUCCUGAUCUGGUUUUAGACUCUGCAGUGGACCAAUCCAUUUUUCAGACCCCUCACUUACUUCCUGCUUCCCCUGAACCCCCUUCUUAGCCCUCCUACCCCACAGUCUGGGAGAUGCCGGUCCUGCUGAACACUGACGCCUCCUUCAGCUCAAAGCAGGAGCUGCUGGAUCUGCAGGAUGGUCCUCUUGGUGGGGGUCUGUCUCUGGACUCCCCCAGCCCUCCUGGUUCUCAGACGAGCAGCCCACUGGACUCUGGGCCCAGGAGCCCUGGCAGCCCCGAUGGGCCCCUGCGGCCCCGGAUCUUCACCGGGGCCUCCUCUCUGCCCAGCCAGCUGUACGGGGGUCUGGGCAGUGCCCAAUUGGACCUUUUGUCUACAGACUCUGAUCAGCUGUGUGGAUGGGGGGCUCUGACACCCCGGGUGAUGCAAGUCUUCAACACGCCCCGCUGGGUGCUGGUCUUCCUGUGUGCAGCAUCCUUCCUGCAGGGGAUGAUCAUUAAUGGCUUCAUCAACACUGUCAUCACUUCUAUUGAGCGGCGCUUUGACCUGCGCAGCUACCAAGCCGGCCUGGUGGCGAGCUCCUACGACAUCGCUGCCUGCCUCUGCCUUGCCUUCGUCAGCUACUUUGGGGGUACGGGGCACAAGCCGCGCUGGCUUGGCUGGGGGGUCCUGAUAAUGGCACUGGGCUCUCUUGUGUUCGCCCUACCCCACUUUACCUCGCCGCCCUACCAAGUGAGCCUUCCUGAGCGCUCUGGACUCUGCUUCACCAACCGCUCCACCACCUGCCAUGACCAGGAGGGGGCAGGGCUCUCCAGCUAUCGCUUUGUCUUCAUGCUGGGUCAGUUCCUGCACGGGGUGGGGGCCACGCCGCUCUACACACUUGGGGUCACAUACCUGGAUGAGAAUGUCAAGUCCUCCUACGCCCCUGUCUACAUUGGUGAGUUAAGGGUCACCUGAUCAAAGAGGCGGAGCCAACAGUUAAACCAAAAAGUUUGUUUGUAUGUCUUCUUGUUAGUAAACUAAUUCAGCUAGAAAGUGUGUUUGUUAGUGACUGGGACAAUAAGAUAGCUAGUGUGUCAGCCAGUUUUUUAUUUAGCAAAUUGGUCAGUCAGCCAGUCAGUCAGUCAGUUAGUUUACUUACUAACCUACUAUUGUUAGUUAGUUAGUUAUCUAGUUAGCCAGGAGUCACAGCACACUGAAUGCAGCACCAGCCCCUUUAGAAUCCUUUAGAUGCUCCUUCUGUCUCACAGCAACACUCUAGCUCAGAGGAUGAGUUAGGACCCACUGUGUGGGGUUUAGAGGCAACUUUGAAAUAACACAGAAAGCUUGGAAAAAUAAGCUUGAUGGCCAAUCAAAACUACUUAAAAAAUUGCAAUAAAAAAUAAAAAUAAGUAAAAUAAGAAAAAUAAGAAAUAAAGUAACAAACUUAAUCUCGGUCUGUUGAAUAGUUGAAGUUGCAAUACUUGAACUCAGACAAUGUUAAAGAAAAAUCAAUGAAUUUGAACAAACAUGUGACUGAAACAAAAGAACUAAGAAAAACUAAGAUUGAGUGGGAAAGAGGGUAAGAAGUGUAGUGACUGAAGAAAUGCCAAGAUUGAAAGAAGGCUGAGUGCUCAAAGAGCAAGCGCCUCACUUUGCAGAUUUUAUGAUGUUCCAAGCUGGGAGUGUUUCUGGUGUGUGUGUGAGAGAGAGAGACGGAGCAGAGGGAGGAGGGGUCACUGGUCUCCUGUUGUAGCUUCUUGGAAGGAGACCUUCAUGAACUUUGAUUAUGUGAUCCAAUUUAUACUUUUGGCAGGUAAGGGAGUCAGAUCUAAUUCUUACUCACUAUGAUUAAUGCUAUUGAAUGUUUUGUUCAGAAUAAAUGAUUUGAUGAACACAUGUAGGCCCUAAAGAAAUGUAGAAUCAGGUUGACAAACAUUCUCAUUAUGUUGUAUUAUCAGUUUCAAAAGAACAUUGAUCAUGUUAGAUGACUCUGAAAUAUAACACAUUAAAACAUAGAAACAAUGAACAAGAGUAAACACACAUACAUAAACCUCAUUAUGAUUGAUAAUUGAUUGUCAAUACUUAUACAAUCAGAUUAUUACAAACUAUUCCUGUUUCGCAGAGUAAGGUUAUGACUCAUAUUUAAUCAUUUUACUCUCAAAAGUACCCAAAACAGUCUGGGAAGCUGGGAAUAAAGGCUUUAUUCCGUCAGUGUGAAAUCUUAGCUCACUGACGACAGUAUGUAGAAAAACCGGACACAUCUCAGUUUAACACAAAUUUUGUAAUGAGAAAUCAUCUUGAAUUGUUCAGUACAUCAGAUGUCAUUAUCAGUCAUUUGUAUUCUUUUAGUUUUAGCAGUAUAUGGUUCAGCAGGGGUUUAUGAGAGGUCUCAUCUGUGUCCAUGGGUCAGAUACUGUUACCUGUUUAAACCUUAAACUAACUCAGUCCUGGUCAGUAAAAACCAGGACUGACCCUGACCUCCACGACCUGAUCUCAGGUCUGAAGAAAAGUCUCUGAUGACCUUAACGGACUCGGGCGACUUCACACAGGAACAAUAGAUGCUUUCAACCUGCAGGACAGGAAGUACACCACCUGCAAACAGGAAGUGCACUGUUCCUGUUCUGACACUCCCUGACUUUGAGCCUGUGUGUGUGUUUGUGUGUGUGUGUGUGCUCUCAGGGAUCUUCUACACGGCAGCCAUCUUGGGUCCAGCAGCAGGUUACCUGCUGGGAGGUUACUUCCUGAACAUCUACACGGAGAUUGGCAUGACGUGAGUCUGACAUAAUAAUAAUAAUAAUAAUAAUAAUAAUAAUAAUAAUAAUAAUAAUAAUAAUAAUAAUAAUAUCUUUAUUUAUUGAGCACCUUUUUAAUGCUGCUAUAGCAUUAAUUGAGUAAAGACCAGUGUGUGUGUGUGUGUGUGUGUGUGUGUGUGUGUGUGUGUGUGUGUGUGUGUGUGUGUGUGUGUGUGUUUGUGUGUCAGGACCGAGAUGACUCCAGAGAACCCUCUCUGGGUCGGGGCCUGGUGGAUUGGGUUCCUGGCUGGAGGAGCAGCAGCUCUACUGAUAGCGUUCCCCAUUCUGGGCUUCCCCCGGCAACUGCCAGGUAACUCACCUGUGCAGGAAAGGAGUUAAUGAAGUUAAAGCUAGCUUAUAGUUCAGUUUCUGAUGUAAACUGUCCCCUACUGCAGGAUCUCAAGAGCUGGUGUCCUCGAGGGUCUCUGAAGCCCACCAGCUGAAGGACGGCAGCCACACCACGGCCUCAGACCCACAAUUUGGAAAAUCUGUCAAAGACAUGCCCAGGUAAGAACACCGGGCACAAGAGGUUAACUGUUAGUAUAUGUCACAGCUCUGGGUUUAAAUAAAGUUUAAACAAAUACAGCUGUUCCAUCAAAGAGGUGGACAGGUACCUGUCUCACCUGAGAGGUCUGGUAAAUGUUGAAGGAUUAGGUUGAUCCUGACCCUCAUCCUGACCCUCAUCCUCAGUCAUCUCAAGUGUCAGAGAGCUCUAGAUCGAAAAAAAAAAAAAAAUCUCUGUCUGACAGAAAAAAGGGGGAAAAAAUCUAUAAUUUUCCAUUAUAGAUGUAUUGUUGUUGUUUUGCUCCCCAUGAACUAUUUAUUAAAAUCAUCCCUGUUUUACAGUUAAGAUAGGGGAAAAUCUUCUUUUAUUUCAAAAAUCAGAAAAACCCUUAAAAAUAAACAUGUGGUAGUGCCUUUUGCCCCCUGAUGAUAUUUAACGAUGGAAUAUUUUUAACACAGUCAACUCAUUCUGACUAAUGUUUUACAAUAAUAAUGUUUCCACUCAAUCCUAACAACUGUGUGCAGUGAAAUACAUCAACUCCCUUACAAACUGUGAAAAACAAAAAUGCAUGUUGCUCACACUUUUAGCUAAAGCUGCAUUUUUGUGUCAUUGUGAUCGUCAGCAGUAGUAAGUAGCUCUCGAAAACAAACAUCCUCCAGAUACUCAGAUCUCAUUAACACAGGGUCAGGAUCUCAGAGGCUAUACCAAUCACUUUAGAGCCCGUCUGAACAGUUCUAAGGUUUAUUUUACCUCAAUAAGAGGUCCCCAGAUGGUUUAGAUCUCUCUGAGUGCUUAUAAAGGGGCUUAAAAGAGAUAAUCAAAGUAAAUUUCCAUUACUAAAUGGCAUAUUCAGUGAUAUUAAUGUAGUUAAACAUAUUUUCAUAUUGUUAAAUUAUAAAGGGUCUUUCUGCUGUGAUUGGUAAAAUGUUUUUACGAAACGUGUGAAACAAGGGUAUAAUCAAUGAGCUCAUUUAUUUUUAAUAAAUAAAUCUGAUCAUUGUUAAUAAAGACUGGGGUGGUGUUCAUGACAGGUGAGUAAACUGUUAACAUGUUUCACACAUUUUAACACAUUUUACCCUUGGGGUGAAUCUGAAAAUGAUUUACAUAAAAUUGUUUGUAAAACCUGUCAGUGAGUUGACCUGUCUUCUAGCACCACCAUCAGGCCAACAUUUUAAAGUAGAAUUAACCUCAAUGACCACCAGAGGCUGACCCCAGGUCAGUUUAUCCCCGAGUUUAUGACGUCAUCAGUGACAUCACUAUCUGGGAUUACAGACAGACAGACAGACAGAGGCGGUAUUUAGACCUCGUUAUGCAACAGGAUAUGUUUAUCAGGACCCACUGAGCAUGCUCAAAUCACACACUCAAAUAUAUUUGAUUAAAGACAGUGAGAUUCACUGCCUGUUUAUUUCAACAACACCCCCCAUCCCCCCAAACGUCACCCCUCACCCUCUCUCUCCUUCUAUCCCUCUACCUCGCUCUCACCCCAGGUCUGUGCUGCUCCUGCUGAAGAACCCGACCUUCCUCUUUCUCUGUCUGGCGGGGGCGACCGAGGCCACCCUGAUUGCCGGCAUGUCUACGUUCGGUCCAAAGUUCCUGGAGUCUCAGUUCAGCCUGAGCGCCUCAGAGGCCGCCACCUGGUUUGGUGAGAGGACAUGAGGGAUGUUUUAGGACCUGGUCAGGGUCAGAGUCCUUCAGAGACGUAGGAAACAUUCAAUAGCCAUGAUCUGACAGUUUCCUAAAGAUGGGGAGGAGCCUGUUUGAGGAACAUAAACAGAGGGUCCGAGUAGCGCUUAUUAAAAACAUGUUUCCUUAUUUCAGAGAUAAGUGAGACACUAACAAACAGCCAAAUGAGGGAUUAAACUACGGACUAGUUCAAAUAGUUUGCAGCCUUCAGGCUCCGCCCACACGCAUGUGAAAAUUUAAAACCACAUAUUUUGUCUCUGUUUUAUCCUCACAGCUGCAUAAAAACACAGACUGAAUUUACUGCAAAUUGAAUUAUAAUGAUAAUAAUCAAUAAUAAAAGUUAUAAAAAAACAGUUAUAAUAGUAAUAGCAGUUUUACAGUCAUACAUUUAAUCUAUGACACUCUUUACAUUUAAAGUAAAUCUCAUGGUGCCAAAGAUGGAGGUCAAAAGAGAGCAUCAUGGGAACAUGUCAGAAAGUAACAUGGUUAUGAGAGCGACAAAUAACUCCUACUGAUACUUCACUGUGAGUAAAUAAUAAAUCACCCUGAUAACAAAUGCUGUUUACAAUCAACACUUGUGUUCUUCUGCUGUGUCUGACAAACUGAUCACAGUAAAGCCUGACUCUCCGGUCCGAGGACAUAAAACAACAGGUGAGAGUUGGUGCAGUCAGAGCAUUAUCAAAGCAUGUUUUACACAAACCCACCUCCCUCCUUGCAGGUUACAUGGUCGUCCCUGCAGGGGGUGGCGGUACCUUUCUGGGCGGGUACAUCGUGAAGAGGUUAAACCUACGCUGCAGAGGAAUCAUCCGAUUCUGCAUGAUGUGUGCGACUGUCAGCCUGCUCGCCAACUUCAUCUUUCUCAUCCACUGUCCCAACCUUCCCGUGGCUGGAGUCACCACCCCCUACCAGACUGACCACCAGCCAGACCAGUCCCAGUACCUCCAGAACCAGUUCCAGCAGCAGCUGUAUGGGUCUGAGCCGCUCAGCUUUCAGCAAGAAUUAAACAGGUGAGUUUGACCUGUUGUUUUCAUUUCAAUAUAAAUCAGAGACGCUCCCUUUGACUCAGUGGAUUCAAAAGAAAAAAAAAACAGUCAGAUCCAUCAUCAGAUUAUCAAUCUAAUCUUAAUGUUUCAUCUGAUAAUCUGACCCUGACCCUGAUCUCAGCACAUUAACUCACUACCCUGAGCGUGUGAUGGAGCUCAGUGUCAGUUUGACAAAUUUAUCUUCUUAUUCGUAAGUUUUUCAAUAACGUGUGUCCAGGUAUGUCUCCCUGCAUUCGUUUGUGACUCUCUCUGAUCAGCAGGUUAAAACAUUUUGUCCUUCUCAGCUCAUCCCCGCAGGUGUCUUUGUCAGCGCACUGUAACUCAGACUGCAAGUGUGUCAGAGACCUCUACAACCCCGUCUGCGGUGCUGAUGGCAUCAUGUACUACUCACCGUGCCACGCCGGCUGCAGCUCCACAAACAUCAGCCACCACUCGUCCAGCCGACAGGUAAUACUACAGACACUCACAGACAGGGGAGACCACAGACACUUAUGGACAGUGUGUGUACCUGUUAAAGUAUGUGUUUACAUAUGUGUGUGUUUAUCUUAAUUAGUGUUUUUAUACAUUUGUGUAUCUGCAGGUGUACUCUGGCUGUACCUGUAUCCUCAGUAACCAUUCACGGUCAAGUGAUGGCAUCGCUCUGGCGGGAAAAUGUAGCAGCACGUGUCGCCACAUGCCAGUCUUCCUGGCUUUCUUCUUCAUCCUAAUCCUCUUCACCUUCCUCUGCAGCAUCCCAGCCCUCACUGCUACGCUCAGGUGAGUCCAACCAGUGAAGUUCCAGUGUGAUGAUUGGUCCCAAUGGUCGGUUUUCACCUGGUUUAAGUUAACGGUUAACUGUUAACUCAUCCAGUGCGAGCGUGACUCUCAGCUGGUGAUGAUGGAAACUAGUCCGGGAGUUUUCAUACAGACACACAUCAGUCAGUCUGCUGUUCACACCUGUGCAGGUCAAACUCUAUUGUUUAACCCCCACAGAGUCAGGACCAACACUCAGGACCUGAUUUAAGUAUUUAAAUUUUUUUCAGUGUCUGUUUUGCAGUCUGAGUCACAAGUUUUAUCUACAGCUCAAGUGGUCGCAUACCGUCACGAUCGGUUUAUCCUCUGUGUUCCUCAGCUCUGUCGGUCUGUUGUUGACUUACAUUACAGGGAUAUCUCCAUGCUGAUUUGUUAUCAUAGCACCAACAUUUGCUUAAGUUGAGGUAUUUGAAACUCUCGGGAGUGGGUGUUUGGAGUGUGUUGUGCAUUGGACACACGCUGAGCAGGUCACAUCAUUCCUUCGUAUGAUCCCCUCAAUUCACGGGAAUUGUUUGUUUAAUUCGCACAAAUUUUGUUUUUCCCGUCACCUCUUUAAAACUCAUAGUGUCUUUGCAUUGACUUUACAUGUAAUUCAUUCAGGGUCUGAACUUUAUCUGUGUCGAUGUCACUAGAGGGUGGUGUUGUCUCAUCAUAGUGAAGUAACGUGGUCUUGACAGAGGAGAAACACAAGUUAGCUUUCAUUUCUGCUCUGUGUGUUCUGUGCAGGUGUGUUCCUGACAGUCAGAGGUCUUUUGGUCUGGGUAUCCAGUGGAUCGUGGUCCGAACAUUUGGUAAGAAUCUUUUUUUUUUUUUAAAGUCUCAUUAAACUCUCUGCUCUAGCUGACGCUGCAGAAAUCAUCAACACUGUGUAAGCUCAGUCUCUCUGUCCUCUCAAUCUGUUCUUUGACUUUCCUCUUAAUCUGUCCUCUGAAUCUGUCCUCUCACUCUGUCUUCUGAAUCUGUUCUCCGACUCUGCCCUCUGUUUUGUUGAUCAUUGUCUCUGUGUCUCUUCAGGAGGUAUUCCUGGUCCCAUUGCGUUCGGUUCGGUCAUCGACCUCUCCUGUCUGCUGUGGCAGGAUCAGUGUGGAGAGCAGGGCUCCUGUUACCUUUACCACAACUCAGCCAUGAGCCGCUACACCCUGAUCGCUGGAAUCAUCUACAAGGUCUGAAUAAAAGACGAUAAAGAUUAAUGGAGAGAAACAGAUUAUUAAAUUCCUCAUAAUAACACAAAAUACAGCUGAUUUUGUUAUAGAGUGAACUGGAUUCAUCCUGGGGGUUAGAGUUACAGUACAGUAGCUAAAGGUUUAGUAGAUGCUGCUUUUCUGGUGAGGGUGUGGGGGUCAUCAGGAGCUAUUGGGGGUCAUUUGGGGUCAUCAAUCAAAAAGGGUACAGUUAGAGUUCAUUAGUGUUUAUAAGGGUCACAUGGGUCAUCAGGUGUAUAUAGAAGUCAUGGUAAUCUUUGGCGAUUGUUAUCACUCAGUUUGGGGUUCAGUAAGGUGGGGGUUCAUGAUGUGAAAUAUCAGUAAGAUAUCGGGGGCAAGGCUUAAUAGGAGCAGAAGGAUUGUGUUUUUCUUCCAGCCAGAGUCCUUAUGCUGUCAUGUGACCUGUCCUCAGGCGUUGGGGAUCCUGUUCUUCCUGUUAGCCUCUGUGCUGUACACACCUCCACCUGAGUCCCCCCACAGCAGCUGUGAGAGCACCGACCAAUCAGGAGGAGGAGGAGGACUGAGCAACCUGCCAAUCAAAGACCUGCCUGAAGAUGGGGUCAUCGUCAACCUGCAUGCCAGAUUAUGACACCACAGUCCCUGCCCCCAGCUGGCUGUGUGAAAGUGUGUGUGCAUUAAUGUGUGGAGGGGAUGGGGGGUGGGGGGGUGUCUGAACUACACCAAGAGCCUUCAGUGAGCCACAAUGAUCACACACACACAGUAAAACACACACAUGUAAUCUUCUGAGUACAGCAGCGUGCCAAACACUGACAGAUUAUAAUUAUGAUUAUUAUCCCUUUCAUUAUUGUUAUUAUUGUUGUUGUCGUUGUUAUCAUAAUGAGAUCUGCAGAUCAAUCCAAAACAUAUAGAGAAAGCAUAACAUUUACAACACGACUGACUUUGAUUCCAAGAGUCUGAAAUCACUCUGCUGCACUGAUGGGGAGGGGGAGGUGGAAGGGGGGAGUGGUUAGUUUGUGUGAAGGUCUGCAGCUCCGCUCUGAAUAAAGUCUUUCAGAAAGAUUUUAUUCUGAGGGGUUUGGUCAGGUCUGUUCACUCAUGAAGAAUAAUUGAAACUGACAGGACUCUAAUGACCUUUGACCUUUGAAAAACAGACAAUCAAACAUGGAGGGUCCUCUGUGUUUCUGUUUUAAUUUGACUCAAAUGAAACUGAACCAAAGAGAUACAGACUUAAUUUAGAGGAUCAGAAUUAGAUACGUGACAUGAACAGAGGAAGAGACUUGUCUGCACCAACAGGACCAAUACAUCUGCCUGUCUGUCCACCUGUCCACCUGUCCAUCUGCCCACCUCUCAGUCUCACUGUGAAGAGGUUGCAGGGCUAGUAUAUUUACUUGAGAGGUUGCGUCCUCUAGUGGUUAUGGUGAUUAUCAGGAGAAACAGAGCGAGACAAAGGAGGUGAAUCUGAAGUGUGACACACGGGAUAAAUCAAUCAGUCAAUAUGUGAGGGGUAGCUUUGACUCAGAGGUAGGGUUGGUCACCUCCCAUUUCCAAUCAGAGGGGUUCCAAAUCCAAAAAACACUUGACCCACCAUUAUUCUUUAUAGAGAAAACAGAUGUAAACCAUCUUAAGUGUCUAAUCAUCUACAGUGACCAACAUCAGGAUCAGACUAAGCCCCAUCUUGACCCACUUUGAUCCAUCUUCAACCACCAUGAGUGAAACACUCUGCAGCAUUUAUCGAGUUACAGUGGAGAGGAAAAAACUUCCUUUAACAGGCAGAAACCUUGAGCAGACAGUCAUCUGCUGAGACUGAGCUGGGUUCAAAGAGGGGAUAAAGAAAGAUGAAGAGAGAGAGAGAGGGAGAGAGAUGGACAUAGGUGAGACUGAGAGGGAGAGAUGAAGAAAGAGAGAGAGACGGAGAGAGGAAAGAGAAGUUGAAGGUGGGUUGUUGUUGCAUAAAGAUUAGUUUUGUAAUGGUGAUAAUUGUAAUGGUGACAAUCAUGGUCAGGCUGAUGUUCAUAAUUUAAGGAAAUGGGUGGGUCCUUAGAAGCGAGUCAUCUGCUGCGAUGAACACGAAGACCAAAAACUCAGAGUUCAGUCAGAUAAAACUGAGACUUUCUGAAAACCAACACCAAUAUUAUGAGGAAAAAAUAUCUUAUUGUCAUUUUAAACAUAUUUGCAGUAACAAAUUUUUACAUUUAACAUGUUAACAGAAAAAACAUAAUUACAUUACACAACUUUACAUGAAAAUAUCUCUACUUAAAACAUAUACAUCAAUACAUCUUUAGAUCAAAACAUCUCAACGUCCAAACAUACUCACAGUAAAAAAUCUCAAAACAUCUAAGCCUUAAAAUAUAUGUACUUUAAAUCAUAUUUACACUGAAACAACUCUACAUUAGAACAUACUUACAGUAAAAGAUCUUCACGUUAAUACAUCCUGACAUUAAAUAAUUUUACAGUAAAACGUCUACAUUAGAACAUCUUAACAUUAAAAUAUUUAUGUUAAAAGAUCAUUAAAACAUUUCUACAUUACAACAUUUUUUAUGCUGAAAUAUGUUUAAAUUAAAACAUCUUAACAGUACACCAUAUUUAUGUUAAAACAUAUUUAUGUUAAAAAAUCUGUACAGUGAAACAACUUUGCCUUAAACGUAUUUACAGUAAAACAUCUUAUCUUUUGCCAUCUCGACAUUAAAACAUCUUUAUAUCAAACAUUUUUACUGUAAGUUAAUGGAAGUUACAGUAAGUCAAAACAUAUUUAUGUUUAAAAAUUUCAACGUUAAAAAUCUUUCUACUAAGACAUAUUUACAUGAAACAUAUUUACAGUAAAACCUUUUUUAGGUUAAAACAUCCUUACAUUAAAACAUCUUUUAUGAAAAAAUAUUUAUCUGAAAACAUCUUUAAGUGAAUAGAUCUUUACAUUAGAAUGUCUUCACAUUAAAACAUCUUUACAUUAAUACAUCUUUAUGGUUAAACAUCUUUACGAUAGAACAUAUAUAUGUGAAAUUUGAUCCAUCUUCAACCACCAUGUGACAUUUACAGUUUACAUCUUUAUGCUGAAACAUCUUAAAUAAACAUCUUCAAGUGAAUACAUCUUAACAUGAAAACAUCUUCACAUUAAAAAAACUUUGCAUUGGAACAUAUUUAUGUUUAAACAUUAUUAUGCUAAAAUAUCUUUUUGUUAAAACAUUUUUCCCUUCAAACAUCUCCACGUUAAAUCAAAUUUACACUGAAAUACAUUUAUGUUAAAAUAUGUGUACCAUAAAACAUCUCUACGUUAAAACAUAUUAACAUUAAAACAUUGUCAUGUAAAAACAUCUUUACAUUAAAACAGCUUCAUGUUAAAACAUCUUAACAUUAGAAACCUACAUGAGCAGUACACACAUUUAACAUCUCUAAUUAAUCAUCUUUAUGAGCACACAGAGGUCAAAGGUCACACUCAUUAACAGUAUCUAAAAAUCUAAAAUCAUUUUAAAGUUUCAGUUAUUUAGUGACGCAGCUACUGCCUGGUCAGGUGAUGCAGAGGUGCAUGCUGGGAAACAGCCAUUAUGUUGCCAUGGUUACAGGUAUAGAGUGAUGUAGUUAACAGGUGAGCAGUGAUGUCGAAAUAUCUCAGUACUGUGCACACUGUGCCAAACAGCGCCCCCUGGAGACUGUUCAUCCUCCUCUGGAAAGAGUUAUUUCUGCCUGUUUGUCUGUCUCCCAAUUUAUCUAUUGUUCUAUCAUUUACCAGUUUGUUUCUCACCUGCCAAAAGUUAGUGGAUCAUUUUUAUUCUCUGUCUUCAAGAAAAACAGUCAUGUCUCCUGUCUGUGGUCAUGUGACCUUACACAGGUGACUGUACCUGUAUAACCAGAGUUGAUGAUGUCAUCAUCAGGUAAAGGUGUAGAUGUACACCUGUUUGUUCUGUCCAGACAGAGAUAAAUUAAUCUGUUUAUUUUUUUUAUCUUUCAUUUUUUUGGUACUUUUUUAAAAACAAACUGGAUUCAAAUCAUUUUAUAAAAUUGUUCAGAAAUUAUGCCUCUUUAUAAUAAACAAAAUGAACAACAAAUUGUCUGAUUACCUCGUGUGUGUGUUUGUGUAUCUGUGUGUGUGUGUGUAAGUUAGUCUAAAGCAGGAUCGAGUUCAUACUGAGAGAACAGAGAACAGACCUCUCUCACGUCCUCAUAAAUAAAACCUGGGGUUAUUGAUAUUUAAUCCUGUCUUCCUGUCCUCUGAUAAGGACAGGAGUUCACAGUCAGGGUGUAAAUAAAGAAACUCUGCAUUUAGGAUCAGAUCACUGUGCAAAGGAAUAAUCAUUAACGUGUAAAACUGUCUGUAUUUUACAUCCA